CCGUGUUGUUGGAUUUCGAAGGAGCGCAGGACUUUGCGAUGAAAUAAUACAUUUGUACCCGUGAGGAAAACAACAACAAACCGCAUGUUUGUGAACUGAAGUGAUUCGCCUUCCCGCUGAGUUGUGAAACGGUGUUUUUGGGGAGACUCCACGGGGAAGUUUGAGUGAUCGUUUUUUCCCGGAGUGAUGUCGAAUCCCGGGACUCGGAGGAACGGGUCCAGCAUCAAAAUCCGACUGACAGUAUUAUGUGCCAAGAACCUCGCAAAGAAAGACUUCUUUCGCCUGCCAGAUCCAUUUGCCAAGGUAGUGGUGGACGGAUCAGGUCAAUGCCACUCUACAGACACAGUCAAGAGCACACUGGACCCCAAAUGGAAUCAGCACUAUGACCUCUACAUCGGAAAGACAGAUUCAAUCACAAUCAGUAUAUGGAAUCACAAGAAGAUCCAUAAACGACAGGGGGCAGGCUUCUUGGGCUGUAUACGACUUCUUUCCAAUGCCAUCAGCAGGCUAAAAGACACAGGAUACCAGCGACUAGAUCUAUGUAAACUGAACCCCUCGGACAGCGACGCAGUGCGGGGGCAGAUAGUAGUGAGCUUACAGACGCGAGACCGCAUCGGCAGCGGAGGCCCCGUGGUGGACUGCAGAGGACUGUUGGAAAAUGAUGGGCCUGUGUUUGAAGGAUGUUUCAGCGAGGAGCCGCUUCCCUAUUCCGACCCCACCGGUGCGGCGGGGGGCGGGAACUGCCGGCUUGACUCACCCAGUCAAGAGGGCCGUCUUCAGUCGCAGCGAAUCAGAGGGCAGGAUUCCAGAGGACACGGCCACACCCCUCAGAACAGACCUCACGGGCACCAACCGCCUGACCUCCCAGAGGGAUACGAGCAGCGAACAACAGUGCAGGGCCAGGUGUACUUCCUUCACACACAGACGGGCGUCAGCACCUGGCACGACCCUCGGAUACCGCGGGACCUGGCCAGUGUGAGCUGUGAGGAGCUUGGUCCGCUGCCAGUGGGCUGGGAGGUCCGAAGCACCGUGUCUGGCCGGAUCUACUUUGUCGACCACAAUAACCGAACCACACAGUUCACAGACCCGCGCCUGCACACUAUUAUCAGCCAGCAAUCCCAAGCAAAGGACUCCUCCCAAGCCCCCCAGAUGGAAGUGGGGGGCGAAGAAGGGGGAGGCGGAGGAGUGGGCGGCGGCGGCGGAGGAGGAGACGGAGACGUGGCGGCGCGCUACGAGAGAGAUCUGGUCCAUAAACUGAAACUGCUCCGCCACGAGCUGUCCCUCCAGCAGCCGCAAGCGGGACACUGUCGCAUUGAAGUGUCCCGCGAGGAGAUCUUUGAGGAGUCGUACAGGCAGAUAAUGAAGAUGAGGCCCAAAGACCUAAAGAAACGUCUCAUGGUGAAGUUCCGGGGAGAGGAGGGUCUGGACUAUGGUGGUGUGGCCAGGGAGUGGCUUUACCUGCUGUGUCAUGAAAUGUUGAACCCCUAUUACGGCCUGUUCCAGUACUCCACAGACAAUAUUUACACACUACAGAUCAACCCCGACUCCUCCAUCAACCCCGACCAUUUGUCAUACUUCCAUUUUGUGGGCCGCGUCAUGGGCCUGGCUGUUUUUCACGGUCACUACAUCAACGGGAGCUUCACGCUACCCUUCUACAAACAGCUGCUGGGCAAACCCAUCCAGCUCAACGACCUGGAGACCACCGACCCAGAGUUGCACAAGAGCCUCGUGUGGAUAUUAGAGAACGACAUCACUUCAGUCCUCGACCACACAUUCUGCGUGGAGCACAAUGCCUUCGGGAAAUUCCUACAACAUGAGCUCAAACCUAAUGGGCGUAAUAUCCCUGUCACUGAGGAGAACAAGAAGGAAUACGUAAGACUUUAUGUGAACUGGAGGUUCAUGAGGGGAAUUGAAGCCCAGUUUCUGGCUCUUCAGAAGGGCUUCAGUGAGCUCAUCCCCCAGCACCUCCUCAAACCUUUUGACCAUAAAGAACUUGAGUUGAUCAUCGGCGGACUGGGAAAGAUCGACCUCGCAGACUGGAAGACGAACACGCGCCUGAAGCACUGUACAAGCGAAAGCAACGUGGUUCGGUGGUUCUGGCAAGCGGUGGAGGCCUUCAGCGAAGAGAGGAGAGGACGCCUGCUGCAGUUCGUCACGGGCUCCACCAGAGUCCCUUUGCAGGGAUUCAAAGCGCUGCAGGGUUCUACAGGUUCUGCAGGACCAAGGCUCUUCACCAUCCAUUUGAUAGAUGCCAACACAGACAACCUGCCCAAGGCUCACACGUGUUUUAACAGGAUAGACAUCCCUCCCUACGAGUCUUACGAGAAACUUUACGAGAAACUGCUGACGGCUGUGGAGGAGACCUGCGGCUUCGCUGUGGAGUGAUGAAUCCACAACCAAACCAACAUAUACACAGAAACACUUGCGCUUGCACUUGCACACAACUAUUUGACAUUUUACAUAUAUACACACAUACACAGAAUAUCGAGUAUAUGGUGCAGCCAAGCAUCACAAGAACACACACAUACACACACACACACACACACACACAGAGUCUGUUGCCACCUCUUCACCACUGAACUGUUUGGGGGAUUAAAGGAGGAAGCACAGCAGGAGAGGAAGAAAUAAAACAAAAACAAACAAAAAGAAAAGUAUUUUAAAAAUUUUUCAAAUGUUUUGAAGAAGCAUUUUUAUCCUUCAGUUUUAACAAGCUAUGAUGUCAUUCUUCAGAAUGUCUACCGCCACAGCGAAUUUGACUCUGUCUCCAAUCGCACCCCGAGUCACCGGACUGAAUCGGCCAAUCACAUAUGAGCCUGUGAACAGAGACCUUUUGAAAUCAGAUGUCUGAAGAACAAGGCGGAGACCGAUUGUCUUUCUGUCUGACAAGCUGAUUGAUUGACUUGUACUCAUGCUUCAUGUUUAACCACUGUCGUGUAUCAAGGAUGUGUGAAUGCGUGCGUGUGUGUGUAAGAGAGUGAGAUUGAAGUUGUGUGUGAGAGUGUGUCGUGUGUGUGUAUGAGUGUGUGUUAGGCAUGGCACCUGGUUACGCUGUUAAAGGACAAAAAAAAAGAAGAUCAAAUGAGCCUGCUCCUCUGUUUGGUAACUUUUUGUCUCUUCCGUUUGUACCUGCGACCACUCUGAUCCACUCUGAUGUUUUAUUAUUUAUUACUAAGUGAUUACUGACCAAGCUGCUAUAUGCUCUACAAAGAGCUCACACUAAUCUCUUCAUCACCCCCUCUACCAGAGUUGAAGGGUCACUUUGCAAUUCAAGUAAUCCACAAAGUGGGUUUUAUUGAAUUUCGUUACUUUUUUUUUUUUUUUUUUUUUAACAUUCAUAUUAAUGCGGAGAAAUAUUCUUGUGAGUGUAUGAAAACUGUCUUUUGGUGUUUUCAGUAUCUUGUUACAUUUAUUGAAGUGAAAGGGGAUCGACCGUCCCAGCCCUAAUUUUAAAAUCUAACUCAUUUUUUUGAGAUUUACUCUACUGACGUUAUGGAGAGGUCCAGAGGGCGUGACCUGGAUUAUUUUACAAAAAUGAGCCGUUAAAAUGGAAAGAAGGAGUCAGCUUCUGGAGUUCUUCAGUUGUAUGCGACAUGUAUAAUAAAAUCGUACAUGUUUCAUUAUCAAUUUCACCAUUUUUUUUUUCCUUUGUGGCCUGGAUGUUUCUCUACACCUGUUUUUCCUCCAUAGCCUGAAUGUUAGUAAAAAGGUUGCCCGUUUGUCAAGUCGUCACCAUCCUGAAGACCGCCAUGAAUGAACAAAGUCUAUUUACGGUCAUCAAACCUCCAUAGAAGUGAAUGAAAUCAAAAACCUAAAUGUCGAGCGAGUAAUGUGGAAAAUGUUGGGCUCUGCUGUAGAUUGAAGACUGUUAAGCAGUAUCAUUUCAAUCUGCAUUUUUUUCUAGGUUCUCAGUUCACUGUGUAAUGGAUGCAAGAGUAUUGUAACUUACUAUGUACUAAAACAUUUAUGAAAAAAUACAAUGUAAAUAAGAUUAUAUUAAAAGAAAUUAAAUUGAAAAUA